AUGUCGGACGAGCUUAUAAAAGUGGUUAAUUUUGACGGUUUUAUCAGCCACGUCGGUGAUUCUGGUGAAGGCUCGGAAGUUAUUGUUUAUGUGGCUCAUGUUAUUAGCGACGAUUCCAGAAUGCGAGGAGGAGGGGAAGUCGGAGUAAGACAGGAUUUGUUUGAUUGUGGAAAUCAUGUCAACAAUAACGACAAUGAUUUUGGUAUCGGUAAUGUAUUCACCAUCCGUGUUGGGCAGUGCGUGGAACGUGUUGCUGCAAAAAAUAUUUCUGAAGACGAAAGAUUGGCAAAGGUUAAUUGCACUGUUAAGUUUUGUCGAAAAGGUUGCUAUAAAAAAUGA